CGAUUACUCUGAGUUUGAUUUUUGGGACUGGUUUGUUAUCAACUCGCGCGCCUCUGUAUCGAUUAGUAAUGUCUGUUGUGUCACUGCAUGGCGCCUAUGUUUGAGUGUUUUGAAGCUUGAAGCGAAAAAGAGGAAUAUUUUUUGGACUUGGCAACCGGCGCCGAGCAGACAUGGGGCGUCGCUCGUCGGACAGCGAGGACGGCAGCCGCAGCCGGCGCAAAAAGAAGCACAGAAAGCGUUCGUCUUCCUCGUCUUCCUCCUCCAGCUCAUCAGGGAGCAGAGUGACCGGCCGCAGCAAACGCUCGAGCAGACGAAGCCGCUCACGCUCCAGAGACAGAGACCGAGACCGAGACAGGAGACGCAGGCGCCGCUCCAGCAGCAGUUCCUCGAGAGGCUCCGGCCACAGGAAGAGAAGCCGCAGCACAGAAAGGAGGCGGAGCCGAAGCACGGAUAGAGGGCGGGGCCAAAGAUCCCGUCGUUCUCGCUCCCGCAGCCGCAGAAGGUCUCGUUCUCGUCAUCGCAGAUCUCGCAGUCGGAGCAGCGGCAGAUCCAGCAGGAGACGCAGCCACAGUCGAACCCGAGACCGCGAUCGCGCUCAGCGCAAGACUCGAGACAAAGACAGGGGACGAGACCGAGGACGUGACAAAGACAAAGAGGACACGAAAGCCAAAGAAAAGGAAAAACAAGGACGGCAGCUGAACAGGCCAAGGCUCGACUCCAGCUAGUCCUCCAGGCUGCAGCUAAAACAGACGAGGCGCUGAGAGCGAAGGAGAAGAAAGAAGACGAGGUGAAGAAGAUCAAGGAGGAAGAGGAGGUCUCUCUGGCCGAGCAGGUGAGGAGGAUAAAGGAGAUCGAGGCCAUCGAGAGCGACUCUUUUGUUCCUCAGGCUUUCAAAUCAUCCCGGGACGCCGGCAAGGGAGCUGAAUCUGUGGAAACCCAGGAGGCGGGGCCUGGUGUCGCUCCCACAGUGAAGGAGGAAGUCAUCGCUCUGCCCACUGUUAUCAAGUACAGUAGCAGCGACACACUCGCUCACCCCAGUUUAUUCCUAGACAAAGAUGAGGCAGAGAGGUUGUGGCUGAAUCGACUCCUUUCACUGCGCCAGGAGAGGCUCAUGGGAAGUCCUGUGGCCUGAUCUCGACUCAUGAUCUCGACUCAUGAUCUCGACUCUGCCUCAUAAAGAUCUGAAUAUCAGCUUCUUUAAUAUGUUUUUCUUUUAAUCACUGUAUUUUCUAUUUGAUCGAUUUCAUUCUGGACGCCAAUAAACUCGAGUGAUUCAUUUAA